UCCAACUUGUCAGUCAACUCAUGCCAGCGCUCUCCACGUCUGCCUCUUCUACACACCCUCUUUACAUGUGUCUGUCUGGACUGAUCUGCUCAUCUGUUAAGGGACUCUCCUGACAAGCCAAAAACUCUGCCUUCUCUCUGCUGUGGAAUUGGAUCAAAUCAGCUCAGCUUCUUCUGUAGCCCCACCAGGAGGCUUUUUGCUUAUGAUCUCAUUCUGUUUUCCUUCACUACUUGUCUGUUUUUGAUUUCUAGAAUGGAGGAAGCCGACUUGCUGAAAGAAAGAUUCCAGGCCAUAACAGACAAAAGAAAACUGCAAGAAGAAAUUACACAGAAACGUCUAAAAGUGGAAGAAGAAAAAAUGAAACACCAACAUUUAAAGAAAAAGGCCUUGCGGGAAAAAUGGCUCUUGGAUGGCUUUAGCUCUCUCACUCCAAAAGAGCAAGAAGAAAUGCAAAAGCAGAACUGGGAGGACCAACAACGGACUCAUGAGCUGGAACAAGACAUUUUCAGACUGGAGAAGGAAAUUGAGGCUCUGGAAAGAGAGGAAAUGGAAGUCUCAGCUAAGGAAGAAGUAAUUUUAAAGAAACUUAAGUCUGUUGAGAAAACAACAGAAGACAUUAUAAAGUCUGUGAAGACUGAAAAAGCAGGAGUUGAAAAAGAGGCAGCAGACUACAUAUACGCCAACAUACCUGAUCUUCCCAAGCAUUUCAGGCCUUCCACACUGAAAAGUACAACACUUGCUGCCACUGAUGAUGACAAAAAGAGACAAGCAUUGUUUGCCAUGGAAAUUAAAGUUGAAAGAGACACGAAGACAGGAGAAAACACAGUGUUAUCAACAAUACCUCUUCCCUCAAAGGAGUUUAAAGAGACAGGAAUUAAAGUCUAUGAUGAUGGCAGGAAGUCAGUCUAUGCAGUGUCCUCAAAUGGCAGCACAACACAAAAUGGGAUGGAUGAACUUGCUCCUGUUGACGUGGAGGACCUGCUACGGCAGGCAACCGAAAAAAAUUCCCGGUCUCCUACAGAGUAUCAUGAGCCUGUGUUUGCAAACAAAUUUUGCGGACCAGUUACUCCUCAGCAAGAUAAAUUAGUCCCUGGACCAAAACUGGAAGACAUUCCCAGAAGAGAGAUGAAUGGAUUUAACAAUCAUCAGACAGAAUUCUCCUCCAAAACAGAGCCCUUUAUGCAGCAACAUAAAGAGAAUGGGCUUGAUCUUCCAAAGGAAAUACAGCCAAAGUCUCCCUCUCCAGUACUUUCCCAUUCAGAGACAAAAGGGCACACUAAUCCUGAGAACAAGAUGAUAUAUAAUGAAGAAAGAAAAGCUGAGGAAUUAAAACCUUACCAAAAUACAAGAGAAAGGCAUAAUGAGACAAGGUUUUCAAGUUCCUGCCAUGUUAAUGAAACAUCCUCUGCACCUCAAGAUGAGGAAGAUGUUCAAUACAGUAUUGUCCAAGCUAUACCAUGUUAUGUGGAUGAUUCUGAACCAGUAACAAUGAUUUUCAUGGGUUAUCAGCACAUUGAUGAUGAUGCAGAAGCAGACCAAAAGUUGUCACGAUAUGAUGGGGUUAUCCAUGCAGAAUUAGUUAUCAUUGAUGAUGAUGAAGAUGAUGACAGCAAGUCUGAGAAACCAUCAUAUCAUCCCAUAGGACACUAUAGUCAGGUUUAUCAGCCACCAAGAAGGAAAAUCACAGAAGUCCCACAGAUGAACCCUGUGAGCACUCUGGGUAUGAACCUGAACAAGGUACCCCACAAAAAUUCCAUCUCUCUGCAAGAACAAGAGGAACGCUUAAGCUCACCAACACACCAUGCUCAUCUUCAUGGCCAGGUAUCUGGAGACGGUACAGAAGAUCCUUCACUAACAGCUCUGAGGAUGAGAAUGGCAAAGCUGGGGAAAAAGGUGAUUUAA